CUCCCCCUGGGCCCACCAGCCCAACUUGCCACCGCCUGCCUGACCUCACGCUCAGCCCUGCUGCCCAGAUUCUAGGCUCCAAGCUCAGGACCUCAGGAUGGGAGAUGAGGAGAAGCGGAACAGGGCCAUCACGGCCCGCAGACAGCACCUGAAGAGCGUGAUGCUGCAGAUUGCGGCCACGGAGCUGGAGAAGGAGGAGGGCCGCCGCGAGGCCGAGAAGCAGAACUACCUGGCAGAGCACUGCCCACCGCUGCACAUCCCCGGCUCCAUGUCCGAAGUGCAGGAGCUCUGCAAACAGCUGCACGCCAAGAUUGACGCGGCUGAAGAGGAGAAGUACGACAUGGAGGUGAGGGUGCAGAAGAGCAGCAAGGAGCUGGAGGACAUGAACCAGAAGCUGUUCGAUCUGCGGGGCAAGUUCAAGCGGCCCCCACUGCGGAGGGUGCGCAUGUCGGCCGACGCCAUGCUCAAGGCCCUGCUGGGCUCCAAGCACAAGGUGUGCAUGGACCUGAGAGCCAACCUCAAGCAGGUCAAGAAGGAGGACACAGAGAAGGAGCGGGAUCUGCGAGACGUGGGUGACUGGAGGAAGAACAUUGAGGAGAAGUCAGGCAUGGAGGGCCGGAAGAAGAUGUUUGAGUCGGAGUCCUAGGCUCCUCGUCGGCCCGCGCCUGCCCCGGACCCAGCUCCCAGCAGAACACGCCGGGGGCAUGCACCAGAGCCUGCCACGGAGGGCUGGCCUCAUGUCCACUGUCAAUAAAGGAUCUGAAUCCCCA